AUGCAGAUACGUUGUCUUCUGAUUCCUCUACUUCUAGCUUCAGCCAUCUCUUGUACAACAAGACGUGGUCUUAAAAUAGUCGCUGUGAAUAAGGAUGGAACAUUCCCAGACCGUAUUCAGAAGUCGUUGGAAUCGGCUUUGAAAUGGUUUGAAAACGCUAUUCUGAUUGAGGAUAAAAACUCGAAACUUACCUUUGCUAAAAUCAAACAGGUCAUAGGAUAUACACUUGCUGACAACGUUGGUAAAGUCACAAUCCAGACCCCUAAUAAGCUAUUUUCCCUGGAUAUCGAAUCCCCGGAUUUCGAAGAACUUUUUGAUGCAUCCGACAUGUUAAUCUUCAUUCGCGAGAAGCAAUGCGCCCCAUCGAGUCGUCCAUCAGCAACAGGAUCUCAUAUGAAGAACUCAUAUGAAACAUUCUCUAAACGCGGGAUGAUGCAAUGGUGUUACCAUGAAGAAGAUCCAGAAUUCCCAUACUUUGACCUUAUCCGUCAUGAAAUUCUCCACAUUCUCGGUUUUGGAACGGAGAAUUUCGAUGCUCCACAAAUCGAAAAUUAUCAAUGGAAAAAUGAAGACAAUACGGUAUCGCAAGCCAAGAGAUAUUUUUUCAAAACUAAGGGAUCGACGGCAUUGGAUGAAGUCAAAAAACAUUUUGGAUGUGAUAACUUGAAGGGAGUUGAAUCUGACAUACACGCACGACAUCUAAAUGAGUACAUUUUCCAUAACGAACUGAUGACACCAUUCAUCCAAAAUGGAAAGAAUUAUUUGAGCUGGAUUUCAGUAGCACUCAUCGAGAAUAUUUAUGGAGGACAAGUAUACCAUGUGGACAAGAAAUUCGUAGCUGCUGAAGCCGACAGCUACAGUUUCGGAAAAGGAUUUGGAUGUUCUUGGUUGACGAAGUCGUGCCACGAAUUCCUUGAAGAGAGAACCGAUUCUUCACGUCCGGUUCCAUUCUGUCCGAAAGAGGAUAACAAUGCUUUAACCAUAAAAUGCUUUAAAACCGCUCCGACCACAGCUCAUCUUCUCAAUUGCCGCGAAAAAAUGAACGUAGCAGUUGAUAACGGAAUCCUAUUCCCUGCUAACUCGAAGUAUCAAAACCCGUUCACUCGCUUCUGUCCGAUAUACACGGAUUACCAACGAAUGCUCUCCGAAUAUCCACUUAGCGAUUGCAACAAGAGCGAAUAUCCCGAAUAA